UCGUUGUGCUUUAGAUGGCUCAUAGGUCACGUCGUUAUGGCUUCUCCAUUCCUUUGAGUGUCCAGGGACCCUAGACUGACUAGGAGCACCAUGUGGUAUUUUAUGGAAGUUGUGAAUUUGACUGAGGGUUAAGUAAGUCUCAUCGUACAAUUUCCUCAGCAGAAUUUUGAAAGAUGUUUAUUCCAAGAUCGCUCAAACUCAAGAGGGAUAAUAGCGAUGACGGCAAAGGCUGUGUGUCUAAGAAAAUAAAGCAAGAGGAAGAGCUUCAGUUGGGUGGAAGCAAAGAUUCUCCAGUUGAGACUUCACCUACAAAAGAAGAGGCAACCCCCAGUAGGCCCACCCCUGUGGCAGGCCUGCCCCGCAGUCCAGCUGAGCAGUUGGCUGGGGGCUGUUUGGUGGAAUCCGAGCAGAGUGGUGCAAAGGACACUGAUCUUCUUGAGGAACCUGUGAAGUCAUUUUCCAAAACACAGCGCUGGCCCCAACCCGGAGAGCCUGUCUGUGUUAUGUGUGGUCGCUAUGGAGAGUAUAUCUGUGAUAAGACCGACGAAGAUGUGUGCAGCCUGGAGUGUAAAGCAAAACACCUUCUACAAGUUAAGGGAAAGGAGGAGGAAGGGAAACCCAGCAGUUCCCCCAGAGCUGAUUCUGGUCCAGAACAUCCGCUUGGUGCUUUUUAUACCUACAAAGAGCACCCCUUUAUUGUGAACCUUCAGGAGGACCAGGUUGAACAUCUUAAGCAGCAGCUAGGAAUUGUCAUUCAAGGACAGGAAGUCCCCAGGCCCAUCGUGGAGUUUGAACACGGUGGCUUCCCUGAGGCUUUGAAUCACAACUUGAAGAAGGCAGGCUAUGAAGUUCCAACCCCCAUCCAAAUGCAGAUGAUUCCUGUUGGACUUCUGGGAAGAGACAUCCUGGCCAGCGCUGACACAGGCUCCGGCAAGACGGCUGCUUUUCUUCUUCCUGUUAUCCUGCGGGCUUUAGUCGAGGUUAUCAUAGCCACCCCUGGGCGUCUCCUGGAUAUAAUAAAACAGAGUUCUGUAGAUCUCUGCGGUGUAAAAAUCGUAGUGGUAGAUGAGGCUGAUACCAUGUUAAAGAUGGGCUUUCAACAACAGGUGCUUGACAUUUUGGAAAACAUUCCUACUGAUUGUCAGACCAUUUUGGUUUCAGCCACCAUUCCAACUAGCAUGGAGCAACUAGCAGGCCAGCUUCUGCAGAACCCUGUGAGAAUAACCGCGGGAGAAAAGAACCUGCCUUGCUCCAAUGUGCGCCAGAUUGUUUUAUGGAUAGAAGAACCCUCCAAAAAGAAAAAACUAUUUGAAAUCCUAAACGAUAAGAAGCUCUUUAAGCCUCCGGUGUUAGUCUUUGUGGACUGCAGACUCGGGGCAGACCUGUUGAGUGAGGCAGUUCAGAAAAUCACAGGCCUGAAAAGCAUAUCCAUACAUUCAGAGAAGCCUCAAGUCGAAAGGAAGAACAUCCUGAAGGGCCUGCUGGAAGGAGACUACGAAGUUGUAGUGAGCACAGGCGUCUUGGGGCGAGGCCUGGACUUGAUCAGCGUCAAGCUGGUUGUUAACUUCGAUAUGCCUUCCAGCAUGGAUGAGUACGUGCACCAGGUUGGAAGAGUGGGACGAUUAGGGCAAAGAGGAACGGCGAUUACCUUCAUCAAUAACAAUUCCAAAAGACUUUUCUGGGAUGUUGCAAAAAGGGUAAAGCCCACAGGAACCAUUCUCCCCCCGCAGUUACUAAACUCCCCUUACCUGCAUGACCAGAGGAGAAGAGAGCAGGAGAAAGCUAACCAGACCCAGAGCAGCCUGGUUACAGGAGCCGACCUCAUGGACAUCAUUAGAAAGCACGAUAGAAGUCAUUCUCAAAAGUGAUGUGUUGCACCCACCUUGAAACAGUCUUGAGUUUUAUUGCUAGCACAAUUUCUGUGUAUUGUUACUGUAUGACGUAGGAGUAAGUGGGAUAUGUACAGGAACUAGAAAACUUUGAAGCUAUCAUUUUCUUUAACAAAAUAGAAGACUUUUUUAGCAAUGUUAUAUUUAUUUCACUUCCUAAUUCUCAGAAAUUAAAAACAGCUUUAGAAAAUUCAUUGCUAAAUAGAAUGUUUUUCUCCUUUUGAAAAGAAGCCUUUAAAAAAAUGUUUUUGGUUUUUUUUCCUAGUAAGUAUUUCUUAGAGCUACUUUGAGAACCAGAAACCUCCACAGAAGAAGUCUGCCUCGGGGGUGGGGGUGGAAUUUUGUUUAAUGCCCCAUUGGCACUGGGAUUAUUGCUGAUUGAAAACAACUGAUAGAAAGCAGAAGAAAUGGUCAGAACUACUUGUAAAAGAUCAAUAUGAAAUAUGGUUGGGGGGGCGGCGGGGAUUGGGUUGUUUUCCCCUCAAAUUUUGUUAGUAUUUAAUAUGGACUGUGUGUCAAAUAAUAUCAACUCAUGUUACUGCUACUUUGCUGUUGUAGUUUUAGAUUCAGAUGACUUUGCUAAUUCAAGCACAGUUUUAAAUACUGGAAUGGAUCCGUAUCUGGCUUUGAUCCACCUUUACUUUCAUGUCUUGGAAAACAUGUCGCAUUAAAUUUGGGAACUUCAGAUAGUCAGCAGAUGUGGGCGCUUGAGCUUCAUUGCUCGGCAUCCUCCUCCAGGGAGCGAGAGGCUGGUGAAGGGCAGACCAGCAAUCUGACGGUGGUUUGUUUGGGUGGUCUUUACCCGAAGUGGGGGGUGAGGCCUGAGGUUUCCAAAGGGUGUCUGAACCGUAAGGACUCCAGCGUGGUGCCUGCCACAGGUUCGUUAUGAAGACUGAAGAUAGUAGUCGAGGGUCCCUCUACCCCCCUUGGUUUCUAUUGAGUGGAGAGUGUGUUUAGUUUCCAGCCAGCUAUUAAGGAGGCAGGGCCCUGUAGCCGAGGGCACAUUGGAGGCUGACAUUUUUUAUGCUCAGUUUAGGGGAUGAGCGGGGGGCAUGUGUAAAAGGUAGGAGGACGGGUACAAUUAAUUCGCUCUCUGUCCCACUAGGGAGGAGCCCCGGUGUAGUAGUGGUCAUGCAUUGGACUGCUCACCCUCAGGGUCAGCAGCCUCUUCCAGGGAGAACGGAUGGGGCUUUCUACUUCGGAGUUACAGUCUCUGAAACCCAUGGGGGCAGUUGCACCUUGUCCUGCGGGGUCACUGUGA